UUGUUAUUUUAGCAUUUCAUACAUUUUUGGAAGAAUCAGUUUUCUUUAAUUACAAGAAAAUGAUUGGUAUGAAGCUCCUCACUUUGGUUGUGGUUUUCUCUUUUUCUGUUGAUUCAAGUUCAGCUACGGGCAGGCGAGGUCGUUCAAAACUACCAAUCCAGAGUCCACAAAGUUCAAGUUCUUCAAAUGAUCCACAAAAUGAAAAUCCAGAAGUUAAUUCUCAUCUUGUAGGGCACAAAUUUUAUCUUUCACAAUAUCCACAUCCAAAUAAUUUUAUUAUAAAUUUCAACAAUAGUAUUCAUUCUCAUCAACUUGGUUCGCAAGUAAGUCCCAAAUUCCGUCGUCAAUUUUCUCAGCAAUCCCGACCACAAUUUCGUCCCCAAAAACGCCCAAAUCGGAAAGACAAUGGACCAUAUGAAAGACACUUUACAGUAUUGGAUUCAAACCCACAAAGUCAUAAUAUUCCAUCUUACAGAAUUUCUAAGCAUCCUUUUAAAAUAGAAGGCAGUUCUUCAGAACAUAAUAAUUCUCCCCAAAAUCACAAUCAGCUUCCAAAUCGUGCUCAAAUGGACCUCAACCUUCCUCCGUCAGAGGAAAAGAAACCUUUUCUAGACCUCAAUAAAAUUCCUGACCCUGAACAUGAUUAGAAUUAUAUAUGUGUGCUUUCGGUUUAUAAGAUAAG